AUGAACGUGCCACAUAUGGUGGAAAUUUUUUAUUUUUCUUAUGAUCAUUUUAGUACUGGCGUGACAAUAUUGUCGAAUGCUUCUAAUAUUGAUUUUCAAGAGCUCCUACGCAGAAGAUUUGAUGUUCGUAAUAAACAAGUUCAUCGACACCUUCAACAAGAUUUGAUAGAGCAUAUAUGUCAAUGUUAUGGGCAUGGGAAUAACAACAAUUAA